AUGGGCUCAUUACAACAAGUAGUCAAGCCGUUUCCACCGGGCAUUCAUGUGCCUUGUCUAACCUGGUUCAGCAGCAAUGACGCUCAAGAUAUAGACUGGGAUUUGCAAGAGCAGCACUUGAGGUUUCUAAUUACUUCUGGUCUUCAUGGAGUUGUGCUGGCUGGGACCAAUGGCGAGGCUGUGACAUUAACCAAAGAGGAAAAGAUCAAGCUCAUCAGAUUAACAAGGCGCAUCGCUGCCGAGGCCGGAGAACCGGAUAUCACCAUUACUUUGGGAUGCAAUGGACAGUGCACACGAGAUGUCGUUGCCGAGACGAAGAUGGCUCAAGAAGCAGGCGCAGACUAUGUUUUGGUCCUUGUGCCCAGCUAUUUCCACUUUGCAAUGAGCAAAGACGCCAUUGUUGCGUUCUUCGAAGAGGCAGCCGAUGCAAGCCCAAUCCCCAUCGUAAUAUACAACUUUCCCGGUGUGGUUGCAGGACUCGAUGUCGACUCCGAAAUGCUCGAUCGUCUUGCCAAGCAUAAGAAUAUAGUCGGCGUGAAGCUGACAUGUGGUGGUAUUGCCAAAGUAUCGCGCAUCGCCGCCACUUACAGCCCUCAGGACUUCAGUGCACUUGCAGGCCAGAGCGAUUGGCUUGUUCCAGCUUUAUCUGUCGGUGGUACAGGCACUAUUACCGGUGUUGCAAAUUUAUACCCCAGAUCCUGUAUCCAAAUUUACAACCUCUUUAUGGCUGGCAAAGUGAAGGAGGCUACCGCACUGCAAUUGGAGCUCUCUAAGAUGGAAUGGGGAUUUGCAAAGGGCGGGAUUAAUGGUACGAAAUGGAUAGUAGCAAAGCUGCGUGGAUAUCCUCAAGAGAGCUGCCAUUGUAGGCGACCAUACCCAAAAUUUGACAACGCGACGCAGCAAGAGUGGAUUGUUGGCGUUGCUGGCGCUCUGGAGGCAACUGAGAAAAGCAUCGCCAAGGGUUCGCAGUAA